UAAUGGAAAUUUUUCGUUGGAUUUUUUGGUAAAUAAAUCGCAUAGAAAAGCUCAAAUAUUUUGUGACAUUAUGGCAGAUCGGGCGCAGGAUUUCUGGCCAUUGCCACCUGCCACUGCUCGAGCAUUGAGCGACAAAUUGUACGAGAAAAGGAAGGGUGCAGCCUUGGAAAUUGACAGAUUGGUGCGUGAUCUGGUACAAUCUAAUAGCACAGACCAGAUCGAAAAACUUCUGCACGUUCUCAAAACAGAAUUUGCUCUCUCUGCCAAUGGCAACGCUCGUAAAGGAGGGCUGAUUGGGCUUGCUGCUCUCGCUAUCGCCAUGGGAAAGGAUUCUACAGCUUUUCUGCCUCAGUUGAUCGAGCCUGUCAUAGCAUGCUUCAAUGAUCCUGACAGUCGAACCAGAUACUUUGCCUGUGAGGCACUGUACAACAUCGUCAAGAUUGCCCGCAGUGCAGUAUUGCUGCAUUUCAACAAUGUCGUCAAGGUUCUGAGUCAGCUUGCAGCUGAUCCGGAUAUUAAUGUGAAGAAUGGUUCAGAGCUUCUGGAUAGGCUAAUGAAGGACAUUGUGACAGAAAGCCCUAAAUUUGAUCUGGUAGCUUUUGUGCCUUUACUGAGGGAGAGAAUCUACGUCACUAACUCCUUUGUCAGACAGUUCAUCCUUUCAUGGAUUACCACACUCAACUCAGUGCCAGAUAUCAACCUGUUGAUCUACCUCCCUGAGAUACUCGAUGGAAUGUUCCACAUCCUUGGAGACACAAACAAAGAAAUCAGAAAAAUGUGUGAGUUCUGUUUGGACCACUUCAUGAAGGAAAUCAAACAGAGUCCGUCCAGUGUAGACUACCCAUCCAUGGUUAAUGUACUCAUAGCACACAGCCAGAGCAAUGAUGAAUUGAUUCAGCUUACAGCUAUCAACUGGCUAGUGGAGUUCUUAAACCAAGCUGGACGUAACAUGAUUCCCUUCUCCUCUGGACUACUCAACGCCACUCUGCCAUGUAUGGCCUACGACAGAGUGGAAAGGAAAAGCAUCAAAGAAGCCGCGAAAGUUGUCAACAAAAACCUGAUGCGGUUAAUAACAACAGAGGAUGAUAAAGGAGAUGACCAACCAGAGGACAGCCCCCAGAAUGCAUCACCGCUCGGCCAAAGAUCUGUGCGACUUGAUGUAUGGCCGAUGGUGGACGUUCUAACAAGGUUUAUACAGCAUGACUCUAUGCAGUGUAAGAUCACUGCUCUAAGAUGGACCUACCACUUACACAUGAAGACACCUAGUAAGAUUUUCAAGCAUGUCGAGAAUAUAUUUCCAGUACUAGUUGGGUCGCUGUCAGACAUAUCAGAUGAGGUGGUGUUGCUGGAUCUGGAAGUCUUAGCGGAGGUUGUCUCGUCCUCAGCUGGUCCCACUGUGACAUCUCAGUCAGCCCAGGGCGCUAGCAGCAGCCAGCACGGAGAGAAGAACAAAGCGGCGUCUGGCAUGAAUGCUUAUUUUCACAAGUUCAUGACCAAGUUACUGCAGCUCUUCGCUUCCAACAGGCAGCUUCUUGACGAUAGAGGAUCCUUCAUCAUAAGGCAACUCUGUCUACUGCUCAACACAGAGGACAUUUACCGCACGUUAUCAGAGAUUCUGGUGGACUACAAGGACCUCCAGUUUGCCACGGACAUGGUUCAGACACUCAACAGUAUUCUCCUGACGGCAACGGAACUCUUUGAGCUCAGGAACCAGCUCAAAGGUCUUGUUUCAGAGCGCAGUUGUAUGCUGUUUCACUGUCUGUACAAGUCGUGGUGUCACAGCCCUAUCGCAACAGUGUCUCUGUGUUUCCUGACGCAGAACUACGCACAUGCUUCCAAUCUCAUCUACAUGUUUGGUGAUUUGGAGGUGACCGUACAUUUUCUGACUGAAAUCGACAAGCUGGUACAAUUAUUAGAGUCUCCUAUAUUUACUUACCUGAGGUUACAGUUACUGGACACAGAGCGUAAUCAGUACUUAGUCAAGAGUCUGUAUGGUCUACUCAUGUUACUACCACAGAGUACAGCGUUCAACACCUUACAAAGGCGCUUAGCGUGUGUUCCUAGUCUACUUCAGUUACCCAAGGACCAAAGGAAAAGCAGUCCAGGUCUUAUCCCGGAGAGACGGCCCAACUUGAAGGCCUUCAACUGGGAUGAAAUGUUGAACCACUUCAAGAUACUCCAAGCACAGCACAGUAAGACCAAAUGGCAACGAAUGCGCUCCACGGAUGAGCAGAUGCAGUCCCUCAAAAUCUAACAAAGAGUCCUGGGCCCAAUUCCAUGACCCUGCUUACUGGUAAGCAAAUAUCCGUGCUAACUGUAUUUGCGGAAGCUUAAAGGGUAUAAAUGUACUUUUUCCUAACCAAAAAACACAAUGUCCACAGAUUUACAUUAAACUUACAAA